AUGUCGUUAAGGAAGAAGGCCAGAUUGUCUCGCGAGAUUGUUACAUCGACAUUUUUCUCCCACCUCUGGGAAAUACGUUCGGGAAAACAGGACCAGUGUUCAGCAGUUGAAGGAAGAGGUCAGUGGAUGCUGCAGUGCAGUGAAUUCCAAGACUGGUUCAAAAGUGUCGGCGGUUCUACUCUUUGGUGCUAUGGAAUCCCGGGUGGUGGAAAGACUGUUUUGACGACUCAUUCCGAAUUCGAUCUUCUGUCCAGUAUAGCUUGGCAACUAGCUAAUUAUUACGUCGGCAUCCCCCCCGCGCUGAGAGAAUUCCGGGAUAAGAACGCGGGCAAGAAAGGGAAUCCGACUUCGAAAGAAUGGAUAACUCUGAUCAAGGAACUCAGUCGUUCUUUCCCGAAGACGUACAUCUUCAUAGAUGCGCUCGAUGAGUGCCCAAAAAGAAAUAGAGACGAAUUCAUCCGAUCCCUGAAGGACUUGGAAGAGUCGACUCUUCUAUUCUUGUCGUCACGCCCGAUAGUCCUUCCCGUGCAAUUUUCCAAAAUCCAACGCGUUGAGAUAUCGGCUGCGGCAAGUGAUAUGAAAACAUAUCUCAAGACCGAGAUAAACUCGAGAUCCAGACUCUCCAAAUUCGCCGCGAGAGAUCCCAAUCUGGAGUCGGAUAUUAUCAACUCUCUUAUCAGAAAUGCUGCCGGAAUAAACACUGUCCAGAUUCCACAGCCCUAG